AUGACCGGUGGGGAGUUGGAUGUGGUUAACCGCAUUCACAGGGAGCAACGCAACCGAAACGCAUUUUGCAUGUGGUGGAUUGGCAUGAUUAACAACUUCCACUACUGCUUGGUGCUAAGUGGUUCCCUGAGUCUUGCUGAGGGAUAUGGAAUGAGACAAUACGUUGCACUGAUUACGUGGGCGAAUGUGUUCUUCGGAAUUGUGGCCCGUAUUAUUAAUGCAUUGGUUCUCUCACUACUGUCGUUCAACAUCCGCGUGACAGUAACGUAUUUUAUGGGGCUGUUGGCAAUUUUCUUGGUGAGCUUCGCUUAUGACAUCGGUGGACACAACAACGUUGCUGCUUUUGUUGUACUACUCAUCGGUGUCGUCUUCAUCGGUACUGCGAGUAGCUACGGCGAGUCCGUGUUUCUUGGAUAUAUGGAGCGGUUACCGUCCAAGCAGGUCGGUGCGUGGUCCUCCGGGACGGGCCUGUCGGGCGUUGCUGCCUCUCUUAUUUAUCUCGGACUGGCACACGCUGGUUUUUCAAACUCCUCUAUCUUCCUCAUGAGCACACCGUUUCUUGCGAUGUACUGGGCAUUUUACUUUUUCGGCCUUAAACUGCCCGUUGAAACGCGGGAGGGUGGGUACAAAGCAAUGGUGAACUGGAAGGGCACGCCGUGGAGGUCCAUCACUCCGGUGCCUCAUAAUAAGAUGCCCGAAUGUUUGAAGGAUAUGCGACAGGAACAAUGUUUGGCAACUGAGGGGUACGAAGAUGGCAUGUACUCUGAGCAAGACGGAGACGACUCGCACCGGUCGCAAACCUUCAACGAGUAUACUUGGCCUAUUUUGAAGUCGAUGCACAAGUUUACAUUGUGGAACAACUUCAACCUUGCCAGUGUGUACAUUGCGGAGUACGCUGUUCAGUUCAUGGCACCUUUCUGUUUCCCUUGCAAGCAACUGAAGGAGAGCAAGAGCUUCUGGAUAAAGAAUGCGUUCGUAUUGACACAGUUCUGCUAUCAGUUUGGCGUUUUGAUUUCUCGCAGCAGUCUUGUGUGCGUUCGCAUUCGGCAGGUGUGGAUUUUGACUGUUAUUCAAGUGAUUAACGCUGUCGCAUGGUUUGUGGAAGCAAAGGUACACUUCCUGGAGGACCCCGACGAUGAGAAGCGGCAGCUUACAUUCACUUUCAUUUUGUUUGCGUGGAUGGUUUUUGUGGGGCUUUUGGGUGGGGCCUCUUAUGUGAAUGUCUUCUACAACAUACUUGAGGAGACGAAGGAGGCUCAGAAUGCUGAGAUUGCUGAAUUCGUUGCUUGGCGCGGGAGGAAGAGGGCACCUGGGCUAUCAAGUGAGCGCGUUUUUAACGAUACAGAGUUUGGGGAGCCUUUGGGUUCAGAAGAGGAGGAAGCCACCAUUAUACGAGACUGUGUUGCUCACAUUACCGCCGAGUGGAAGACAAAGCGUGACAUGGCCAUGAACAUCGGUGCCCUUUACGUUACUGUUGGCAUCACGCUUGGAUCCCUCCUUGAUCUCUUUUUUACGGUGGUCGUACUGCGCGGUGGUGGUUGCAGUUAG